CAACAACAACAAUCUGAGGGAGGAGGAGUGCGGAUUCCCCGAGACACGGAAGACUGUUUCGCUUGGAGGAGGAGGAGAUUGCGGGACGAUUUGAUGCAAUUGGCGAUGGCACGAGUGAGCAAUCUAUCAAUCAAGCAAGCAAGAAAGCAAGAAGGGAUCGGAGUCGCGAGGAGGAAUCUGAGGAUCGGACUCAUUCGGGGAGAGUUGGAGGGGGGUGGGGGUUAGGAAGAAGCGAAGCCACUUAUAAAUGCGUGAAGCUUGCCCCAGCGUUGAUUUGAUUGAUGCCCCCAUAAGUUGAUGCACGCACACAAACAAGCCAGCCAUCGCAAAUGAAAGCCAAAUAGCAGCAAUAGUAGUAGUUGUAGGAGGAGGAGUGGUACGAGUAGGAGGAGGGGGCCUGCUCGGAGGAGGACGCUUUGGCGCCGGAUGUCAAUCGUCUUUUGCCAAUCACCAUGAGUUGACGUUUGUCGUUUUAUUUUAUUUUUUGGGGUAUUUUAUUAACUUAUUAAUUUAUUUCCAGUUGCUCCGUCUAACAGUGAUCUUCACUGUUCAAAUUAGUGUCGCCGAUUCUUUCGCUGGUAGCGAGAGAGAGAGAGAGAGAGCGAGAGAGGGACUCUGCACGCGGAGAGCUUUCUGGGUUUCAGAGUCUCGUUCUGGCCAUGUGAGCAAUUGCUCGAUUUUGUCGCAGUUGGGGUGGUGUGGAGUUUGGGCGGGGGGAGAGUUGUGUGAAGAGUAAGUGGUUGCGAUGAUGUUGGGUUGGUUUCGGACGAUGGCCGUUUCCCCGGAGGACGUGGUGUCACGCGGUGGGUGAAUUAGUUGUGGGGUGUUGGGAAUUUGAGGGCGACUUGGGAAUUGGAGAGAGGCUGGGGUUUGUUUAGGGAAUGGUGAGCGGGGGAGGCGAAAUGAAUCUCGGCGAUGAUUGCAUGGAGAUGGAUUCUGUCUCUGGGGCGUAUUCGGCUUCAACUGACCUGGCGCGAUCUCUAGCGUCGUUGUCUGUGGUGAAGCAGGAGCGAGGUGGAGAGCAGCAUCGCGAGAAGUCGACGUUGAAUGCGCAUCAUCCCUACGCGGGGAGGAUGGAUGUUGCGGAGGCCUUGGACGAGGCGCUCUGGAGUAACUUGCCGGAACACCUGCAUGACAUAAUUUUAGCAUUUUUGCCUCUGCCGAGCUUUUUCCGGUUACGGUGUGUGUGCAAACGCUGGAAUGAGAUCGUCAAUUCCAAAAAUUUCCUGUCGAUAUGCUCUCGGGUGCCGUCGCAAGGAUCGUUGUUCCUCAUGUUUGCAGACAUGCUGCAGCAAAAGUGUGCAGCCUACGACCCCACGUCGCAGAGGUGGCAUAUGUUGCCGCCCUCGUACUUCCUUCCCUGUCCCUAUUUUGAGUCGAUUGUCGUGGUGGCCACCGCGGGAGGAUUGUUGUGCCUUGAGGGAAGAACAGGGUCUCAGAAUCGAUAUCUUUCCGUGUCAAAUCCCAUGACGCGGACGCAGCGCAAAUUACCUCCCAUGUUGCACAUGAAAUCUCCAUACGUGGUGGGCAUGGUGAUGGACCGUGAGCAUAGAUCGUACAAGAUUCUUGUUGUUCAAGAUGGGGAAAGCUUGACAUCUCAGGUUUAUGACUCUAGAAGCAACUCCUGGUAUUUGACGAGCAGCCUUCCCAGCAGGGUUGCGCUGAUCACAGGGACGGCCUUCAUAAACGGCUAUCUGUACAGUAUGAGUUUCGGAGCAACAACUGGAGUAUUGGCUUUUGAUGUAAAUAAGGGAACCUGGGAUCAAGUGAAAGUCAAAAUGCCGCUGGCUUUGAUCUGCCCACAGCUGAUUGGUCACCGAGGUCAGCUUCUGAUGGUAGGAGGCGUGGAAGAGUAUGGGAGUCUCAGAAGUGUGCGCCUGUGGCGUUUGGAUAUUACCAGAAGUGAAUGGGUGGAAUUUCAGUGCAUGCCGGAAACACUCUUCAACAGGCUGUUCAAGUCUCGACGUCACCAGUUUUUAUGCUUCUCACAUGGAGACUAUGUAUGCUUCACAGAGUCAUCCUCCCGGGAGAUGCUCAUGUACGAUAUGUAUCGAAACGCAUGGUGGUGGUUGCCUGUAUGUAACCUAAACAAUAGCUCGGAAGCACGAAGAGUUCUGGGAUUCUCCUUUGAACCUCGUUUGGAUGCCCUUGUUUAGGUGGAUUCCAUUUCGUCAACCUCUUGUAAGCUAGGAUUCCAAUAAGCCCAAUCUUUCUGAUCAUUUUUUUAUUCAUAUUUCCCAGCUAGCUCUACAAAGGGCACUUGGUUGGCUUUUGUGUUUACAAUUGUUAGCGGAUGGUUAAAUAGUGAACGGAUUUCGCUCAGAAUUAGGUCUCUUGCCUUGACUCUUGCCUUGACUCUGGUAAUUUGUAAGUAGAUUUGCUUGAUUGCAGAAACCAGAAGGUUUAAGACUUGAAGGCAGUGAAGAGCAGUUCAAAAGGUCGUUUUGGGAUGUAGCUAUACGGACCUUGCCACAUUUGUUACACAUCAGAUAGGCACCACUGUAGAUGGACAAUAGGGUAAAAAUACAAUCCCUCAAAAUCAGUAGGUAUUCUUGUAACAACAAUGUCCUGUCUUGUUUGUUCGAAGUUAUAUGGAAACACUGAGGCCAAACAUCAAUAUAGGUCAGUGGAUAAAUUUAUUUAAUAUCAAAAAGUACAGUAUUUUUGCUUGUCAAA